CACCCUCUGGCAAACAUGCGCGCGUCUUCACACUGACGUUUUGUUCACAUUUAAAAUAUUCGCCUUUAAUGUUUGCGCGGCUCUGAAGAAUGCGCCGUUGUUGAGUUGGACUGGCUAGCUGGCUUUCACAGAAGUCAGAAUGUUCCAACGGCUUAAAGGCGCCAUUGAUUCGAGAAUAGCGGAGGAGCAAGCAAAGGCAAAAGCAGCAGGCACACCUGCCACGGGCUCAGGAACAGUAUCAAGGUCGAACUCUGCAAGAGCCGACCCUACGAAGCGGACGAAGCCCAAGACCAAGGUCGUCGAUGACGGUGCAAGGGGCCCGGACCCGUCGGAAUUCGAAUCGGCUUUUGUGAUUGACGACGACGAGGACACGCCAGAAUCUACACGCAGUGCCACACCACUGGUUACAGAGGGCAAAGGAGCUACAACUACAAUGGCGGGAAAGAGCAGUCCUGCACCUGCGGCUGUGGCCAAUGGCGAGGGGGUGAAUGAGAAAUCGGAGGCUGUGCCGAAGUCAACUACGCCUCCACCGACCACGACUGCAGCGACAGAACUGCCGAUGGAGGUGCGGCAGAAACUACGAAAACUGGAGAAGCUGGAAUCACGAUACCAAGAGCUGCUCCGGUCGUACCGCAUCGCUCAUGCGCGCGCUGUGUCGAUCGAGCCGUUUGAGAAGACGCUGAAGGAGAAUACACCGCUGGUUUCCAUCAGCGAGCCGGAGGCGUUGGUGGAAUACCUGAACCAGCUGAACUUGAGGGGGGAUAUGGUCAUGGAUGAGCUGAAGCGGGUGACCUCUGACCGCGACCUCUACAAGAAGAAGUUCGAGGAGGCAGAGAGGGAAGCUUCCGAUGCACAGGCCGAGCUUGAGGCUUUGAAAUCUAGCGAGGGGGUUAAAGCAGCUAAGGAGUCGCAACCCGAGGAGCAAGCGAAGGCCACCGACUCGAAAGCUCAGGCAGAUGUGAAAUCGCCUGCCUCAUCAGUGUUCAAGAUCUUCUCCCCGAAGCAGAAGCCUACCGAACCCGAAGGCGCAUCCGAGGAUUUCUUCUCCUAUGACGAGGAGAUCCCGCAAUUACAAUCUGAGCUCCAAGCCAAGACGACUGAGAUUGAGACUUUGAAAUCCGAGGUUGUGGUACUCCAGAAAGACCUGGACGCCUUCAAAGAGACAAACGAGGGCCUCUCUACGACCGUGCAAUCAUUAGAGCGACAAGUCAGUGAAGCUUCAGAAAAGUCAGCAUCCAACUCUGCACGCCAGGAAGAGCUGAAGGAGCUUCAAGGCAAGCUCGAUGCCUCCACAAAGUCCAUCUCGGAGCUCCAGGCGAAGAUCACGGAGAAGGAGAAGGAGGGAACCGAUGCUGCCUCGUCUAAAGCCGCCGAGCUAGAGAAGUCUCAAGCUACUAUCGACCAGCUAAAAAAGGAAUUGAAAGACCUGCAGGCGCUACAGGAUGGCGACAAGAAGAAGAUCAAGGUCCUGGAGGGCAUCGUGGCUACGCUGAAGAAGAAGGGCGAGGCUGCCGAAGUUGCUUCUGCCAAAGCUGAGCCCGAAAAGGUUGUAGCGCCCAUGACAACACCCGUCACGGCCGAGAGUGCGGCUCCUGGUGCAGCGAAGAAGAAGAACAACAAGAAAAAGAAGAAGGGCGCCAAUGCAGGCAAGGACACCCCUGCCGCUGCCACAGAGGCACCCCAAGAACCGACCGAGGCCGCAACUCCCGACGCUCCCACCCACGACCUGGAAGCCGAAGUCGAGAAACUAAAGGCCGAAGUCGCGUCACGAGACGUGCAGAUCGAGAAACUCCAGAAGCAGCAGAAGAACGUCGAGACCAUGCGCGAGAAGAUCGAUGAGCUGGAGGAGAACUACCUGCAAGUCGGCCACGAGCACGUCGAAGCCAAGCAGAAGAUCAAGGAGCUGGAAGCCGAGAAGAAGGUCCUCCAGCAAAAAGUCGACGUCCUGGAAUCCUCCAUCUCCUCGCAGAUCGAGCACCAAGAGAAAGCCGGACAGGCUGAGGCGAGUCUCAAGUCCAUGACUAGCGACCACGACGAGCUGAAGACGAAGCUGUCGACUCUACAGAGCGACCUCGGCGCCGCGGAGAAACUCGCAUCCACGCGGUACAAAGAACUCACCGACCUCCGCGACGUCCUUCAGAAGGCGCAACCCGAGCUCAAAUCCCUGCGCACCGAGAACGCGGCCCUGAAAACUACAAAAGACGAGCUAGUCGCGCGGACGGCGGAGCUGCGCAAGCUAGAGGCGCGAGAGCGCGAGCUCAGGAGCGACGUGGGCAGUUUCAAGAAGCAGGCCAGCGAGCGCGAGACGGAGGUUAAAUCCCUCCAAGCCCAGCUGACGAGCGAGACGAACGGGCGCGUCAAGGCCGAGGACACGGCGCGAGUUGCGGGCCGAGACCUGCGGCGCGUGGAGGCGGAGAAGAUCGAGCUCUCUGCUUCUGGGGAGAAGGCUGCUAGGGAGCUAGGCGCGGUGAGGGAGGAGGCAGUCAAGCUGCGCGGGAGGGUGAGGGAGCUUGAGGCGGAGGUGGGGAGGGUGGGGAGGGAGAGUCGCGAGGUUAGGGCGGAGAUGGAGUUGAAAGCCAGCCAGUACAGCUCGGCGCAGAGUUUGGUGGGGAGUAUGCGCGAUCAGACGGCGGAGAUGGCGAUGCAGCUUAAGGAGGCGAAGGAGGCUGCUGAGAGUCUGGAGGAGGAGCUGGGGGAGGUGCAGAGAUUACUGACGGAACGGACGAGGGAGGGGGAGACGAUGAGGAGGUUGUUGUCCGACGUUGAUGAGAGGGCUGAGGCGAAGGUGAGGGAGAUGAGAGAGCGAAUGGAGGCGGCUGUUGAGGAGCGCGAUAGGGCGGAGGAGGAGGCUGCGACGGGGGGCCGGAGACGGGCGAGGGAGGCGGAUGAGUUGAAGGGGCGUGUGAGGGAGGUGGAGCGGGAAUUGAAGCGCGCGCUUGAAGAUCGGGAGGAGCUGGAUCGUGAGGCAAAGGAGGUGAAGCGCCGGAGGGACGAGAUGGAGGGUGUUAGUGCGCGAGCGGCGGGCGAGGUGCAAGAGGUCAGGGCGGCGAUGGAGGAGCUCCGCACGGCGCUGGAUGGGAGCGAGAGGCAGGCGCGGGAGGCGGAGAAGGGGAAGGUCGAUCUGAGAAGGCUGUUGGAGGAGGCGGGGGGGAGGUAUGAGAAGUUGGCUAAGACGCUGAAGGCGAGGGAGACGAGGUUGGCGGAGCUGACGGGGGCGGGGAGACGGGUGUCGGGGGAGUUUGGGGGGAGUAGUAGGGGGGCGUCGCCGGCGGGGCAGGGGGUGAGCGAUGUGCAGUAUUUGAAGACGGUGUUGUUGCAGUUUUUUGAGCAGAGGGAUCGGAAGUUGCAGCAGCAGCUGGUGCCGGUGUUGGGGAAGUUGUUGAGGUUUGAUGGGAAUGAUGAGAGGAAGUGGAAUGCUGCUAUUGCUGCGAAGUAG